AACAAUCUAUUCGGUGACGGUGUUGUUAACCAUGUUCAUUUGUUUUUAUUUAACCACCACUUGUUAUCGCCUCUAUCGAGAGUAGAACAGAAUUUUAGAUUUCAUUUUCUUAUCAGACUCUUAUCUGUUUCUCGUCAACUGACACUAAGCUCACUGGAAGCCUCACAAACUUCACAGUAGGUAGCCUAACAUAAACUCAAAACGCGAUUAGGAGAACGUUGUUUUGCCACAAAGAGAAAAAACUGAAUGUUUUAUCCUAGUUUAUGCUAUGUCUACACGCGUAAGCAUUGAGCGGAGGAUGAGAUAACCAUACCCACAACUUUUGUUAAGAAAACAAACCAGCAAAAAAAAACAAUAAUGAUUAGGCUAACAAUGUUUUAAUAAACAUGGUCAUGCAUAAGAAAAAAAAAGAGAAUGGGGGAGGGGGGUGUUGGAGAAAGAGAGAGAGUGAGUCUAUUUUGAGAUUUGGGUGUUGUGAAGUGAAGGCGAUGAGCGUGACUCUGCUCUCUAUCAAAAGUGGCAGCCGCGUCUAGUGACGUCUCGGCUCUUUCAUGCGCUACAAAACCUGUCAUUCUCAAGCGGCUCUAGAAAGAAGUCGACGGCGAACACCACGAGGCGAUAUUUUAACACUCGUAUCUUAAUCUAUCAUGUAUCUGGUCGGUGAUAUAGGCCUACUAGCAAUUACUUUUAUAGUCCUUUGAUGUAACUAAUUAGUUAGAUAUCUUUUUGUAGGACGUCGUCGUCCGCAUUGUGGAAGUAAUGUGCCAUACAUACGUAGUAUACUUGCGCACGUUUCUUUACACGUGUAAAACUUGUUAAUUUUUUUAUUUUAGUUUAACUUAAUUUGGAGUUGUUACGCAGAGAUGCAGUGGCUGUUCGACUUCUGACCCGCUUUAGCAACGCGACAUCAGUUUUUCUCCUUCCCUGCCCGUAAGCGCAGCUCUGAGAUCGCCCUGGCAACGAAUCAUUUCGGUAGAUGUGACAUGUCGCUGUGGCGCAUCCCUGUCAACAAAUGCUGCUUUAAUUAGCCACUCGUUCUAUAUUCGCUCUAAUUAUCUUUGCAAAAUGCAACAUCAUUUCAGUUACGUAUUCAUGGUGGGUUAUAUGUAAAACCAAAAGGAGGAACUGAACGUGUUGUCGUAGUUGGCAAGGAGUUCGUCUCGGCGACAAAAUGCCUGUUAGACGAGGUCAUGUCGCUCUCCAGAACACCUACCUGGACACUAUCAUCCGCAAGUUUGACGGUCAAAACCGCAAGUUCAUCAUCGCCAACACCCAGACGCAGAACUGCGGCAUCAUCUACUGCAACGAUGGCUUCUGCCAGAUGUUCGGCUUCUCGCGGUCGGAGAUCAUGCAGCAGCCCUGCACCUGUCCCUUCCUGGUGGGGCCGGGCACCAUGAAGAGCUCCCUGGGCCAGCUGGCUCAGGCUCUGCUGGGCUCCGAGGAGCACAGGGUGGAGAUCCUCUACUACGCCAAGGAAGGUACAUGUAGGCCGUGUCUGAUAGAUGUGGUUCCAAUGAAAAAUGAGGAGGGCCUGGUUAUCAUGUUCAUCUUGAACUUCCAGGAGCUGCUGGACCCCGCCCUCAAGAAGAAGGGGGGCCUGGGCCAGAGGAUGACUCAAGGAUGGAUACGCACAACUCAGAGUCGCAGGAUGAGGCUGAGGCUGCCUUCUCUGCAUUCCCUCAGACGAGCGUCUCUCUCUAAGGACCAGUUUGAAGGAGUGGUGGUGGACUACUUGCAGCCCACCAGUGAGCAGCUCCCUCUGAAGGAGUUCCGUAUCCCCUCCAAGGAGAGCUGCCUGCAGUCCGAGACCCAGGCCCUGAUUCAGGAGGACCCACCGGCGCUGGCCCACUCCUCCACCCACUCCUCGCUGGCGCUCCUGACCCACCACCAGCACCUGGACCCAGACCAACUGGGCCCGCGCAGCCAAUCACACGAGAGCGUGCACAGCCUGCGGCGUGCCUCCUCGCUGGACGACAUUGACGGCAUGAAGGCUGACUGGAGUGGUCGAGCAGGAGACCCGCGCAUCAUCAGCAACCUGAAGCCGAGCCUGCUGAACUCCACGUCGGACUCGGACCUCAUGCGGCAUCGCGCCCUCAGUCGCAUCCCGAAGGUGACUCUCUCCUUCACCUCCGACCGCUUGCGCCCCCCCUCCCCUACUGAGAUCGAGAUCCUCCCCCCCAGCAAGGUCAAGGUCAGCGAGAAGGUCACGCAUGUCACACAGGUCCUCUCUCUGGGGGCGGAUGUGCUCCCAGAGUACAAGCUGCAGGCGCCUCGCAUCCACAAGUGGACCAUCCUGCACUACAGCCCCUUCAAGGCGGUGUGGGACUGGCUCAUCCUGCUGCUGGUGCUCUACACGGCCGUCUUCACGCCCUACUCCGCCGCCUUCCUGCUCAACGAGCAGGAGGAGAAGCGCCGGCGCACCUGCGGCUACACCUGCAACCCGCUCAACGUGGUCGACCUGGUGGUGGACAUCAUGUUCGUGGUGGACAUCAUCAUCAACUUCCGCACCACCUACGUCAACCGCAACGACGAGGUGGUGAGCCAGCCGGCGCGCAUCGUCCGCAACUACCUGAAGGGCUGGUUCCUCAUCGACAUCGUGGCCGCCGUGCCCUUUGACCUGCUCAUCUUUCGCUCGGGCCCAGAUGAGCCUCAGACCACCACCCUGAUUGGCCUGCUGAAGACGGCCCGUCUGCUGCGUCUGGUGCGUGUGGCGCGUAAGCUGGACCGCUACUCGGAGUACGGCGCCGCCGUGCUCUUCCUGCUCAUGUGCACGUUCGCGCUUAUCGCCCACUGGCUGGCCUGCAUUUGGUAUGCCAUCGGGAACGUGGAGCGCACCAGCUCGGCACGCAUGGGCACCAUUAAGAUCGGCUGGCUAGACAACCUGGCCGAGCAGAUUGGCAAGGACUACAAUGACAGCGACUCCAGCUCGGGGCCGUCCACCAAGGACAAGUACGUGACAGCGCUCUACUUCACCUUCAGCAGCCUGACCAGCGUGGGCUUCGGCAACGUCUCGCCCAACACCAACCCUGAAAAGAUCUUCUCCAUCUGCGUCAUGCUCAUCGGAUCGCUGAUGUACGCCAGCAUCUUUGGGAACGUGUCGGCCAUCAUCCAGCGCCUGUACUCAGGCACGGCGCGCUACCACACCCAGAUGCUGCGGGUCAAAGAGUUCAUCCGCUUCCACCAGAUCCCCAGCGGCCUCAGGCAGAGGCUGGAGGAAUACUUCCAGCAUGCCUGGUCCUACACCAAUGGCAUCGACAUGAAUGCAGUGUUGAAGGGCUUCCCUGAGUGUCUGCAGGCGGACAUCUGCCUGCACCUGAACCGCUCGCUGCUGCAGAACUGCCACGCCUUCCGCGGGGCCAGCAAGGGCUGCCUGCGGGCGCUGGCCAUGCGCUUCAAGACCACGCACGCACCGCCCGGUGACACGCUGGUGCACUGCGGUGACGUGCUCUGCGCCCUCUACUUCAUCUCGCGCGGCUCCAUCGAGAUCCUGCGCGACGACAUGGUGGUGGCCAUCUUAGGUAAGAAUGAUAUCUUUGGGGAGCCCAUAAGUCUCUAUGGGAGGCCGGGGAAGUCUAAUGCGGAUGUGCGAGCGCUGACCUACUGCGACCUGCACAAAAUCCUUCGGGACGACCUGCUGGAGGUGCUGGACAUGUACCCUGACUUCUCUGACACCUUUUGGACCAACCUGGAGAUCACCUUCAACCUCAGAGAUGUAGACAGAAUUAUGCAGCCAACCCCCAGUGAGGAGUCAGACUCUUGCUACCACCGACCCAGACGCCGGAGAAACUCUCUGCAUCGACGCAACCGGCCUGAUGGAAUGGACAGGGAUGACUCGUACCCAGAUCCGUCAUGUGCGGCCGUGGGGAACCACCGGGGGGCGCUGCCCCGUCCUCCCUGGGACGAGCUGUGCAGCAGUGGCAGCGCGGCGUCCCUCUCCAGCGAGGAGGACCUGAAGGUGCUGGGGGCCGGCCGGGCCGAGCUCUACCCCACUGCCGCCGCCAACGCAGAGGCCUGUGACUACCAGCCCGCCGUGGUCAACCUGCUGCCCCCCAACAGCACAGCCCAGAGCAUGGGUACGCACCCCUACAUGGCGGCUCCUCUGAAUGUGUCAGGGCUAUACAACUACUGGCCGGACCGGCGGGCCAGUCAGUUCGCAGACAGCCAUCAGCGUCGCUCGGCUUCUGUGAGGGCGGCCUACGGCCCACACACCUGCCCCGAGGAGAGGCCAAACGAGCUGCAGGCCCGCCUAGAGCUGCUGCAGUCCCAGCUGAACAGGUUGGAGACGCGGAUGACGGCGGACAUCAACGUCAUCCUGCAGCUGCUCCAGAGGCAGAUGGCGCCAGUGCCGCCCGCCUACAGCGCCGUGUCGCCCCCGCCCCCGCCCCCGCCGCCUCCCUCCACCCUCUACACCUCCAGUUGCACCCAGGGGCUGCACCCCGUCAACCCGCCCGUCAACCCCCCCAUACCCCCGCCCGUCCAGAUCAACGACUUGGCAUCCCCCAUCAAGAUCCCUGAAUCAGACAACUUCCAGCACAGGUCAUCAGACUCGCUCUCCAGCGGCAUCCACCUGACCGUGGCCUCCGACGAGACUAUGUCCAUGUCCCCAGAGAUGGAGAAGCAGCCCAGUCUCUCUGCGCACCCGCCGCAGCCUCAGCCUCAGCCUCCGCCCCCAACCCUGCUCCAACCCCAGGUCUCGGAGGACCCCUCCCAGCCCCCCCAGCUCCCCCAGCUCUCUGGACUGCUGUGCGGGAGCCUGCGUUUCCCCUCUCUCCCCGACAGCCUGGAGGCACCCAGCAGCCCUGCGGAGAUCCAGCGGCACGUCUCUGACCCCGUCCUUCCUGCCAGCUAGAAGCCCUCUGGCCCGUCCAUUACACGCCCCUCCCAACCCUGUACUCCUGCAAUCGUCCUGUCAGCACACAGUACAGCGCCCCCUACAGGCUGCUCAGACACAGAUGAAACAGCCACAGCACUGCCUGGGUCUCUCAGUAUUUCAAUGUUCCUCCUUCACUCCAACAGAGACUGCCAACUCCAUACUGCACCUCCUGCUCCAUCUACUGAAAGACAAAAGACCCCAAAGCCAGUGUGUGUGUGUGUGUGUGUGUGUGUGUGUGUGUGUGUGUGUGUGUG